AUGGGGCCGUAUCCCACUUCAGCUGGGCUUGUGGAAGACGACCUCAUCUGCUACGUUAAAGAUAACCCCAAGCCGGUGGUCUGCUGCUGCCAGGGGGUGUGGGUGGAGCUGGAGGUCAGCCCCACAAAGGUGCACUUCGACAGAGUGCUUCUCUACAGGUCAGUCAUCCUGCGGCCGUUCUUCUGGGCAGCAGCACUGUCACUGAGUGACUGCUACCAGGGAGUGGUGUUUGAUAGCCUGGAGACCCUCUUUGCACGCAACAUGGCGUCUGCUCUCCUCUGCCUGCUUAAAGCUGUCGGAAAUCGACCUCAUAUCUAUUUUGUGAACCUGUCCCAGGAUUAUGCUUCUUGGAAAGCCAGGGAGACAGCAGUGAAAGAGCACAAAGAACGGGAGCGGGAACAAGCUACCAGGAGGGAGAAAGAACGUCUCUGGGAGGUGAAUGAGGAAGAAUACGACAGCCUCACUGAGGAGGAGAAAACUCAGCUUCAUAACAACAUACGACAAGUUCAACGUGAGAGGAAAAAGAGGGUCAAUAGUGAAGGGCAGGACCAGCUGGGAUUGCAGCGAGCCCAGAUGGUGACUCUUGGGGAUAUUUCAUGCUUGGCUUUCUCAAGGGAGAUGGAGCAGCUGGCUCGAGAGCUUGACAAAAAGCAGCAGCAGGAGUUCAAACGCUUGAAGGAAGAGCUGAGGGAAUCCUCUAAGGUGGAGAAGAAGCAACUUGGAAAAGACAAAAAUACUGCUUUGGGGAGUAAAAGCCAGCCUAGAGAGAAGCAGAACAUGAACACAUCCACCAGCGUCAUGUCCACCAGCAUCCUGCGUAGUGUCACCAAAUGGGUAAAAGAGAAGGGAUCUGUGAAGAAGGAUCCAAGCUCUGUUGCAAGUGACAAGGAAGUCACAAAGCAGGGGAGCAAGGUUCCCCUGAUUGCUGCCUGCCCGACAGUGGAUGUGGAACGUGCAGCCCCGGGACUGUGUGAAACUGAAAACAAGGCCUUGGGUGACAGCGAGAAGAACUUGGCCCUGAGGUUUAAGGUCUACGAGGCAUCACAGAAGGGCGUGGCACAUAUUUUGUCAUCCUGGGACAGAGCUCAGGGUAUCCUGCUGUCCCCUCUGAGCCACGCAGAAGACCAUCACAAGCAUUUAUACAUCUCCAGGAGCCAGAAGGAUAGAAAGAAGGAGAGGCCAACGAAGGUGUGCAGAGAGAACGAGUGGCUGGGAAAACCGGAGGCUUUUGAGAAGUCCAAGUUAACCGUUCUGGAAGAGGAAGCUACAGAAGAGUCAUCCAUAGGCCAAGAUGGCAGGGUGCCCUGCUUGGAGAUGCAGGUGCUGAAUACAGAAGACGUGACUAGGAAGAUCCUGGAGAGUGGCAAGUUGCCAGCAGCAGAGCAGAUCCUGGAUGAACUGGGUCUGGGUCCCUCGGGGCCUCCUGUUCCUGCUACUGCUUUUUACUCUGUGGUCCAUUACCCAGAGAAGCGGAUGGCCCCUGCAGCAAAAGCCUCUGAGCACUUCUUCUUUGUUGCACCAGAAGAUGCCACUGUGGAAGACAAAAUGAACGAUCCCUCAGGUCACUCAGAUGUGCUCACAGUGAAGGUUUUAUCUUGGGCCGUCUAUCCCCCAAAGGGGGAUCCUCCACUUCAUGUGCAUUCUGUGAGAGAGCUGAGGGCGUCCAGGGAGAGUCCACGGCAGCUGUGGUUCCACGUUCACCUGUGCCUGGAAGAGAGAAAGCGAGAUCCGAUGUAGAUUUCCAGCAGCCCCACCCCACCAGUGCAAGGACAGCUCUCAAGUGUGACCGGACAUGGGAAAGACCUGGACAUAUUGAAGCCCCCCAGGGGAAACAAAGGAUGAAAGGGAUGCAUGCGAUGGAAGAAGCAAAGAUCUUUCGUUCCUUGCUGGAGACAGAGAGAACUUGUCCUGCCACAGCACUCGCUCCCGACACCACCUUGGGCAGACAGAGCCUCCCAAGACAAUCAGCGCUAUUGCACCUCGGGGUUCCUGAGGAACACUGGGCACGGGACGGGAUCAGUUCUGCCUGGGAGAAGUGGCUCCUCUUUUGGGUUAGCAACUAAUUGGACCGGCCUGGUGCUCUGCAGGAGAAGCCUGGAUCAUCUUUCUCCUGGUUCCACAUGGCCACUCUUUGAGUAGCACAGGCAAAUCCCAACUGCAGUCCCUAACGCAGCUGCCCUUUGCAGAAUCCCACCUGCAGCUGCUUACCUGGCUCCCGUGGCUCAGACUCCUUCCCUGGUGCCCUGUG